GUCUGCCUGUGGAAGUGGGAUCGCCCUCAUCUCUCUCUCCGCCGGUCAGCCUCCCUCUCUCUCAGUGUGUGUCCUCUCUCUCCCUCUUAGCGGAACCCUCAGUCGCAACACACGGCAAAAUGUUUUUUGCACGGAAUUUAGUCAAAGGCAUCAUCGAUGUUGUGAGCAACAUCGACCCGGCUCAGUUUCAGUCCUCAGACCCUCCUCCUCCUCGCAGACCUCUGAACUUUGCCGAAUCUCAUGAAAAUGACGAGGAGAAACAAUUCCGGAGAGUUUUCCAACAGCUGGCCGGAGAGGACAUGGAGGUGAGCCCCGUUGAGCUGAUGAACAUCCUCAACAAAGUGCUUGGCAAGCAUGGAGGCCUGAAGACGGACGGUUUCAGCAUCGAGUCCUGCAGGAGCAUGGUCGCUGUCAUGGACAGUGACCGCACGGGUAAACUGGGCUUCCACGAAUUCAAAUACAUGUGGAACAACAUCAAGAAAUGGCAGGCUGUCUAUUUAAAGUACGAUGCAGAUAGUUCCGGUACAAUAUCCGCUGAUGAACUUCCAAAGGCCUUCAAUGCUGCAGGUUUCCCUCUUAAUGACCAGCUGUACAAGCUGAUUAUCCGUCGCUAUAGCGAUGAGCACGGCAGCAUGGACUUUGACAACUUCAUUGGUUGCCUGGUGCGACUCGACGCCAUGUGCAGAGCCUUUAAGACCUUGGAUAAGGAAAACAAGGGCACCAUCGACCUGGACAUCAAGGAGUGGCUUCAGCUGACGAUGUACUCGUGAAGCGUUGGAGGGAAGCUCCUUCAACAAAACCCUCUUCUCUUCUUUCAUCUCAUCCCUCCCUUCCUCCCUCUCAUUACACUCAUGUGUGUGUGAAAACCCCUUCGUUAUCAUGGUAACGGGACCAAAAUGUCAGAGUUAAACAGAAGUAGAAAAAUCCCACUUGGACCAAAGUGCAAGCGACCAAAGCAGAGCUGACGCUGCUGAUGCUGCUGACGCACCAUCACGCUGCCGCCAGGCGGUGGUGCCACACCACCCCCAUCUUCCGGAUAUCUAUAUUCAGAUUUUAAUGUAAAAGUUUUAGAUGGUCUUGAUUUUUUUAUCAUGAAACAAAUAAAUUGACACAACUGACAA